AAGUUGAAACUUCAUUUUCACGUGGUAUCUUGGGAAUGUGGUUAUUGUUAAUUCCAUAAACAUAAUUUUAAUACUACUUUAUUAAAGCUAAUGGUGUAUUAACAAUGUUGUUACUUGAGGAUAAAGAAAUUGAUCUAUUCGUCGCUAGCCGAAUCGGUUCAUUUAAACAUGUCAAAUACCAUACAGAUGUAGGAAAAAAUACAAAAAAGUGCAUUGAAGAUUUGGUAGACAUAAAAUCAUUACAAAAAGAUGAUUCAAUAUUGUGUAUGGAAUGGGGGAACAAGGAACAAACCGAGAUAUUAUUAGCACGAAAAAAUAGAAAGAUUGAAAUCUAUGACACAGAAAUAGGCUUUAGAAAAUCAUAUUCAGUUAAUUUCGGAGAGGGUAACAUUAUUAGUGUUGCCAGAUGCAGUAAAGGAAUAUUAGCUGGUGUUGCCAGUGGUGUGAUUCAGAUUUGGGAUGAUAAAGAUUUUGAAAUAGAAAAUCCAAUUGUUAUUCAAACUGGAGGAAAAUUAGAUAAAGUUAAAGUGUGGAAACAUGGUGAUAUGUUUGCAACUGGAGGCGAGGAAAAUGACUUAAAAGUAUGGAAAAUAGAUGAGGAAAAGCCUAUCUUUAUAGCCAAAAACCUUCCUCAUGAUUGGUUGCAAUUACGGAGACCAAUAUGGGUCACAGAUCUUACAUUUCUUGAAGAGAAUUUAUUGGCUGUUUGCUCAAGACAUGGAUAUGUAAGAUUAUAUGACACACAUAUUCAACGGAGACCAAUCACUCACAUUGAAACCCCAGGAAUGGCUGCCACCUGCAUUGCUAAUGGAUUUGAUGAACGACAAGUUUUCGUUGGAUUCGGUAGAGGGCACCUCCAUCAAGUGGAUUUCACAAAAUCACGACUGGACAAAGGGUACAAAGGUGCAGCUGGGGCUAUAACUAGUAUUGCACUGUGCGAGCGGGAUAGACUGAUUGUCAGUUCCAGUUUGGAUAGGCAUUUGCGUGUGCACGAAAGAGAUAGCAAGAAUUGUGUUUAUAAGCAAUACCUAACAUCGAAGCUAGUACAAGUUUUGGUACAGUCGCAAAGAAACACGGCCCUCAAAGUUGUUGUUAAAGACGAAUCUGACGUGAAACCAUUGGAGACCGUAAAAUUGGUCCAAACAGACGAAUUAGAUGAGAUCUUCGAAAAUAUGGAAACUAUAAGUGAAACAAGAAAGAAGCCCAGUUCAGAACCACAUGAAACUGAAGCGAAGAAACUGCGGCCAUCACUAGAGGGCAGCACGGCUGAUACAAGUGAAGAUCCGAUUCUUAAAUUACUUAAAAGUACCGAAAAGACCAGGAAAAAACGGGAGAAGAUCAAGCGAGAGAAGAAACAAAAGAGUCUCUUUUAUAAUGCUUAAAAUAAAUUUUGCUUUAGA